AUGAAUGAAGAUAACUUUGAACAGAUUAAUGCUAUCUUAGAAGAGUAUCAGCCAAGCUCAUUAUAUUCUCUCGAACUUCGCAAUCAAUUGAUCUCAAAUGCAUUACCAGGAGAUGUACCUUCCUCUGUGGUGGAUAUGAAAUUGGACGAAAGCUUAUUAAGAACUUUGGAUUAUGACUUGAGUAGCUAUCAGACCUACCUCUCGGCAGUCGAAUUCAAUUGGAUAGAAGCAGUGGCCAAGGAACUUUUUAUCACCCGAGCCCUUCUUACAGAUAAUCCACCCAACACUUCAGAUGUUGAAGUGCAUAAACUUUCGGCGAUAAAUGUUGAAUUUGAAAAACAACUACAAGAACUGAACGCUUCAAUUGCAACAGAUGAAGCUACGAUCUUAGAAAUGUCUCAAGAACUUGAAUUAGGAUAUGAUGAGACGAUCAAAACGUUUACUCAAAGUCGUAAACUGAUGAAUGAAAUUGCAGAUCUUGAAUUAGAAUUAAACGAACUUAAAAUCAAUCAAACUGAAGAUGAUGCUGAACCAAUGACGAUUGCUGAAGUUACACAGGUUGUCACAGAGUAUGAGAAUCAGUUACAGGAGAUGAACGAACGAUUAGUUGCUAAUCAACAGGAAGUACCACAACUCAAGGCAUUACAUUUAUCAGAUAGUAAAGCUGUCGAACAGUUGAGGGUUGAACGACACGCCGUAGAAAAGGCUGAAGGUGACCGAAGGCGUACUCUUUCAAGUCAAAUCAGAGGUGGUACCUUGGUCAAGAUCGAAGCCGGACUAACCUGGUUUAAGAGCGUAAGGCGUACAUAUCAAGCAUCAAUGGGCAUCAUCUCUAUUGGGUUUGUGGGUCCGCCACGUUCAAAACCUGACAAGCUUCGUGUCACAUUCUCACUUCGGCAUUCUCUUGAGGCUACUCUUGUGAUCGAGUUCAAAGACUUGCCUCAAUCGGGUACUCGUCGGAUCGCAUCAGCUUAUUUGGAUCAAUCAUCACAAGACAUCGAACCGAUAGUUGAGCCGUACAUUGCAAACAAUGAUUUAGUCACACUUAUCCGUGCGGUUGUACACUUUGUGGGGCAGCUAUAA